CUGAAAUAAAUCGUUUUCUUGUCGUAAGCCGUUUCUUGUUGGUGUAAACAUGGCCACUGCAGCGGCUGGUUUCACUUUCUGGUUGGCAGAAUGACAGCGCUGACUCGUGCUGUUGUUGAACUUCAGGAUGCCUGUUGAAAGCCCAGAGGAGAGGACGGUGGAGGUGCUGCAGCUGCCUGAGGAUGUGGAUGAGGAGCUGCUGUGCCUGUACUUUGAGAAUAAGCGGCGCUCAGGGGGAGGUCCACUUAUAUCCGUGGAGAAGAAUGGUAACCGUGCUGUACUGGUGUUUGAAGAGGCACAAGCUGCAGCCCGAGUGCUGUCUAAAGGGCACCAUGUUCUGCAUAACGUCGAGCUGAGUGUGAGAAAACCUGCCACAAAGGACCGAUGCAGACUGCUGCUGCGGGGGAUCAACCCCAGCACCGUCACAGAGAUGAUAGAGCUCUACGUGGAGAACAUGAUGGGGCUGAAUGUGAAUGACUACAUGCUGCACCCCUCACCGGAGAGAGAUUUAAUCCUCAUUCAUCUCAGCCAACCCCUCUCAAAAGAUUUCCAAACUCUUAGCACAAAUAUCUCCAGGAGGACACUUGACAGAGCCAAGGUAUCUCUUGAACAGAUUGAGGAAACUGACUCGGUGUUAGUGGAGAACCUGCACCCCGGCACCACUCCAGACGUGCUCACUUUGUACUUUCAGAGUGAACGAGGUGGGAAUCAGAAAGUGAGGGAGGUCACCAUGCUAUCAGAGGGUACCGCAAAGGUGUCCUUUGCUAACUGUGAAUCUGUAAACCCUGUCCUGGAUCGCACACACAAGCUGGACGCUGCAGACCUAGUAGUGAAGCCUUUCUUUGACUUUCUUCAAAAAAAUUCAGCAUCACAAAACCCUGACACUAAAAGCCAAGAUAUCACUGUGGGGACUUCUGAGGAUAUGAAUGAUGUUCAGAUGCAGACCAGUCCUGCCGUUGUUGCCAGUUCCAGCAGUCACUCCUCCUGUCAGACAGACAUGGAGCCACUUGUUGCCCAUGAAACAGCAAAAGAGAUGGCAGACGAACUCAUGGAGGAUCAAAAUGCAGAUCCACUAUCUAGCCAUAUUGCUGUUACAGACCCAGUAAAACUUGCUUUGUUUCAACGCAGCACCUUUCAGGAGGAUUUAAAGAAGGCUACCCCAAAUUUUACCAUUCAAGUUAAAGAUGAUGGUGUGCACAUUGCAGGACAUGACAGACUACAAGUGCAGCAACUGAAACAAACCAUUUGGGAAUUUUUUGGCAACAUAACAAAGACUCAUAUCACCCUAGAGCCAGAAAUUGCUCAGUUCCUUGCGAGAAAAGAUGUAAAAAAACAGCUCCUAGAAACCUUGAAUCAAACCGGCUCACCUACUGUGUACACUGUAACAAACUGUAAAGUUACGGUUAUAUCUAUAUCGCAAAACUCAGCCAACCAGGCAUGUAGCCUUUUAAAAUCACAAGUGUGUCACUUCAGCAUACCUGUGGACAUAGAAUACGAGUGCAUGCUGUAUUGCAGAGAGUGGUCUGAGUUCCUGGAGGCUCUGGAUUUCUGUUCUGCAAAGGUGUCAGAACGAGGACAGAAUAUUGAUGUUUUGACUCUGAAAGGGAUGGAGAAUGAGAAACAGACUGCAAUUCUGGAGUUUUUGACUACGCCCAUUGAAAGGGAGACGGUCAUCUCUAUGGAGCCAGGCAUGCUGAAGUACAUUCAGAACCAUUGCCAUCAGCUGUUGGCUGACAUGGAUCAAGUGUCUAUUUUUCCACUAGAGGGUGAAGAUGUGUGUGGUUUAAAGAUUCAUGGCCAUGCCGUUGCUUGCCAAAUGGCAGAGGAGGUGCUGCAAGGUGUGGUCUCCUCUAUCUGCACCAGAACCAUCACAGUAAACGCUCCAGGAGUGGCCCGCUUUUUAGAUGAUGAGGAGUGCAAAAGCAUUCUGAAAGAGAUGGAGACUAAGUUUCAAGUGUACAUCAGCACGAAGCAUGUACCUUGGCAGCCCCUGUCCUACGAGGACUUUUUAGUAACUGGAUGGAAGAUGAUGUCCCACCACAACUUCCCGAGAGUGUCGAUGGAUGGUUCUUUACAAGAGUUAAAAACAGAUUCAGUGCAAACUGAUCAUGAUGGAACUGCAGACAAAGGUCUGUUAGAGGAGGCAAAGAGAAUCGUCUCAGCUAUUGAUGAAGGAAUGGAGGAGGGUGUGUCCGCUUCAGACCAGGUCGAAGACAUGGACAAUGUUGACCUAUACACUGCAGAGGAACUAACUGACCAGGCCUCUGAUGUGACAGCUGUCAAUGCUUCUGAAUUGAGUGCUACGAGACCUCAACCUAGUGAUAGUACUGCAGGCCUUUCUACCGAUCUGGAAGAAGAGGCUCAACUGUCUUUAGCCAUCCAGUACUCUAUGGAAUCAAGCCAUUGGUCCCAGGAGAAUGAAGAGGAAGAGCUGCAAAAAGCAUUAGAGUUGUCUAAGAAAAUGAUCCAAAAUACAAGAUCAUCUACUGAGACUGAGAGGAGCCCUCAGGUGAACCAGCUGCAGCACAGCAGUAUGCACACUGCCUUUCGGAAAGCAGUCCAGGCAGCCAACACCGUCCAGAUUGAAGUGUUUGCCGGUUAUAGUUGUGACUUAAUUCGGGUCGACAUAGCUUUUGGAAAGAAGGUCAGCCAGAGACAGGCAGAGGAGAAAGUGGAGCACAGGACCUUAAGAAACCUGUCCACGUACCACAAGAAGUGUCUGGAGGUGAUCGAGAGGAAGCAUGCGGUCCAGGUUCAGAUUCAGGGUAGCAUAGUUACCAUUUCUGGAUUCAAGAUUUUUGUGUAUGGAGCAAUGUGCGAUUUGAAGCUGCUGAUGGACAAAAUCUCCAAUUCCAUCUCUGACCGCGAAAUCCUGAAGACUGUCCAGUGGGUGCAGCACGAUCCAGCGUCCUCAGACACAGUUCCUUACUGUGCCGAGGCUAUAGUAUUCAUUGAGAAUGCUUUUAGAAUGAAGCUGGAAAAGGUGGACAUAUUACUCGACAAUCAGCCCCACAUUAUCAACUUUGAAAAGAUGCACGAAUACAACAUAGCUUCGGGGAAAUCUGUAAAAAUCUCCAGGAAGAUGCUUGAAUUAGAUGAACUCAAUGAAGAAUUACCAGAAGAGGAAUACUCUCUGCUGUCCAACAUGCCCGAAGCGACAAAGGUCGACGAGGAAUCUGAUGAAUUUCAGAAUGUGGUGAAGAGGUUCUAUGAGAGCAUACAGGAAUACCACAGCAAAAUCAGAAUCAUACAGGUGGAGAAGCUCAUGAACCGACUGCUGUACAACCAGUACAAGUUGAAGAAGGCCAGUGUGCUGCAGCGGGCCACAUACCCGGACAUUGAACGGACUCUCUACCAUGGCACAAGUGACACGAGCGUAAAGGAGAUCUGCAUUCAUGGAUUCAACAGAAGCUUCUGUGGAAAGAAUGCCACCGUCUACGGCCAGGGCGUGUAUUUUGCCGUCAACUCCGCUCUGUCCGUCCAGGAUCAGUAUUCACCCCCGAACGCAGAUGGAUACAAGUAUAUUUUUGUGUCCAAGGUUCUGACAGGAGACUUCACCAAAGGCUGCCAUUCAAUGAAGACAGCCCCGCUGAAGGAGACCGGUGAUAUUCCCCUGAGAUAUGACAGCGUCACCGAUGACAUUACUAAGCCGUCGAUGUUCGUCAUCUUCAACGACACACAAGCUUUCCCAGAAUAUCUCAUUACCUGUCAGAGGAUCCACCGCUGAGGGAAUGGAUUAGUCACAACAUCAUAAACCAAAUAUUUGGAGAAAGACUGCUUUUGUUUUAGUGUUUCUACCUUGAUUUGUAAAGGGCUAAAGCGUUAUCAUCAAUCAUGAACAAACUUUCAUGAAGUACUUCUUUGUUUAGUGUUUCUCCCGCUGAGUUCUUCACUUCAGUCGGUUCUGAUUUGGAAACAAACCUACUAGCUGAUCCUAAAAAGCCCACUUUAAUUACGCAACUUUGGAGAUGCACAAUACAGCCUUCACGGUUUUUCCAUCGUGUGGCUCAGCAAUUAUCGCAUGAUUGUAUUAGCCAGUGUGGUUCUUGUUGGCAAUGCUUACGUACAGCCGUGCUUAAACUUUCAAGCAUCCAAAUUAUGUUGUAUGUAUGAUUUAAAAGUCAACCACAAUUAAUCUGACCUACGUAGUACGUGCAUUUCCUGAAUAUAUGUAAUUGUAUUGAUGUAAAUAUGACAGGCAGUUUUAAUUUGUAAAUCCUUACUUGGCUGGCAGCGCUAAAGUCUGCGGUCUGACUGCCUUGACCAGUGGUACCAGUUAUGUUUGUGUACCAGCUGCAAAACAUGCCAUGGUUCUUGAUUGUCAUCUUCCACUUCUUGUUCUUUACAUAGUGUAAGCACAGGUGGCAGAAUUUGUGUAUAUCAUGAUUGAUUCAUAGUGCCUGUUUCAUUUUUUUUCCAAGUGUUCUGAUCUCUACGGCAAUGCUUUUGAUUUGUUUAAAUCUGUGACUACUUACCAGGAAUGUGUGGAUCAUAGAUCUUUUUUGUUUUUCAUUUUGAUUUUAUUACAAAUUCUACAAAAAGCAAUGGUUUUGUAGCAUUACUCUUUGUCUCACUUGUUUUAUUUUGUUGUUUUGUAAGAAAACAUGAAUUAAGAGAGAUCACAGUGUUUUUUUUGUUUUUUUUGUUUUUUUUUUUUUACAAGAAAUAAAGCUUAAAAUAAGAAACCUUUAGAUGUUCUUUGGAGAAAAUGUAUGUCAGGCUCAUCACCUAUUUUUCUCUUGGCUUGUCCUCUGAGAAUAUGCAGGUUGUGUACAGAAUAUUCACUCAGGAAGCUGUAGAGUAAAAUUCUUGCUCACAGCAAGUUGCAAAAAGAGGAUGAAAGUAAGUGAUGUUGGAGUUCUAAUGGUCAUACCACUGUAAAUGUAAACGCUGCUGCUCUAGCGACAUCCAGACGUUCUGAAUGCUGAACCGAAAACCCUUCAGUGAAACAGAGCUUUUAUUUUUGCAUCACAUUGAUUUCAGAGUCAGCAGAAUAUUGCUUUAAAUAACACAUAAACUCUUUAUUGAAUUGCUCUACAUUCUAAAUAAAGUUCUGUGUAACUGCAUCUAAUAGUUAAAUCAGUUGUCGAUUUACUGGAGAUUGUUUUCUUGAUUAAAUGAUUAAUUGUUUGGUCUUUAAAAAUGGUCAUCACAUUAUCAUCUUCGAAUAUCUUGUUUUCUCUGCAACCCUGAAUGAAAGAAACCAGAAAAUACUCACAUUUAAGAAGCUGGAAUCAUAGAACUUGACUUUUAAAUAAUAAGAAAUAAAAAUAGUCAAACCAAUUAAUCACUUACUAAAAUAGUAAUGGCCAUGUCAGAGUGGAAAAUCACAUUUCUUUCUGUUCUGUAAUUUUACCCUCAGCAAUACAAGGUGUUUUAUUUCACCUUUGAUUUAUCAGGUUGCAAAUGAUUAACCAUCGUAUCAUUUCACUGGUUUAUAUUGUGUAAUAAAAAUGUUGCAUCAA